UUUUUGCGCAGGGUGGACGCCCGAUUAGAGUCGAUACCUCAUCACUAUCCGCAGUCUGCGGUCCGGCUUCAAUCCCUCACCUGCCCUUUGUUGUCCACAUCAAGCCAUGGCCGAAUUCCCAGAUCCUCGCGAGGGGUUGAGUCCCUCGCCGUCCAACAUCAUCGAUAUCUUCCUCGGCGAUGACGACGAUGACGGCGAAAGUUUCCACCCAACCGAGGAACAAAGCACCGAUGCAAGUGUCACACAGGAUGAAGACAGCGAUGCUGAUUUCACCGGUACAUACCAGCCAUCAUGUGAGAGAUGUAUGGCUUUUGACUGGCUGCAGAUGCCCAGGAGACCUUGCACGGCAUUGAAAUAAUCUACGAGGGCGAAGACGAUGACGAAGAAGAUGAAGACGAAGAUGAGGGAAAUCACACCGAGACCGAGAACGAUGGCACUGCAAUGGGGUCAAGAACAACCGCCCGGCCAGCACAGGUGACUGUCAACGACAUCCGCGGCCUGCUGAGCGCCAGUGCGCCUCUUCGGCAACUCAUUCUUAGUCGCUACCGCCUGCUAGGCCCGAACGGUCGAGACCUCUUCGCUGACGACGAUGAUGACGAUGAUGACGAGCCGUACGAAUACGGCGGUUUCAGUCGCCGUCGCCGGGUCCAACGACAAAAGCCCAAGGGCGACCGCUUCCCCAAAGUCCCAAGUGAAGCUGGAAAGGCGUUGAUGAACUCAGGCACCUAUGGUUGCCGAGACACAUACUUGGACAUCCGGCGUAAGAGACGGCGCACAGUCAGUGACCGCCUGCUGUGGCGGCGUUUAGGGUUAGAGGCACGAUCCACUAUGAGACGACAAAACAACCUCAUUGCCCAAGACCAAGUACCCAACACCACCACUGCCGACAAGAUCAUCCACUAUGACUCACGAGCCUACUCGGGUCAAUUUUCGGACGAUGGGAACUUCUUCUUCAGCUGCACGCAGAACUUCAAGGUUCGCAUGUACGACACAUCCAACCCUUAUGAGUGGAAGUACUACAAAACUGUGGAUUACCCCUUUGGGCAAUGGACAAUUACAGAUGCGACGCUGAGCCCGGAUAACAAGUGGCUGGCAUAUUCCUCGAUUCGACAUACUGUGUGUCUCGCCCCGACGGACCCAACAGACCACUCUGACCAUACUUUGCUGGAUUUCACCAACUUCGCUCCUGGAUCAGGGAUGGGCCGACCGACCUAUGGGUACAUGGGUCGACACGGUUUUGGUAUCUGGUCAUUGCGCUUCAGCGGUGACGGGAGGGAGAUUGUCGCCGGAACCUCGGAUCACUCGGUCGUGGUGUAUGAUCUGGAACGCCGACAGUCGACGGUCCGACUAUCGAACCAUGAAGAUGACGUAAAUGCGGUCUGUUUCGGCGAUAAGUCCUCUCCUCAUAUCCUGUAUUCGGGCAGUGACGACCAAACGUUGCGAGUUUGGGACAGACGAUCGAUGGCCGAUGGCCGUCCCGCCGGCAUUUUCGUCGGUCAUACAGAGGGCCUCACGUAUGUUGAUUCAAAGGGCGACGGCCGCUACGUCCUCUCGAACGGUAAGGAACAAAUGAUGAAGCUCUGGGACCUGCGGAAGAUGAUAUCCCCGAACGAGUUCUCGAAGAUCGACAUCCAUUCCUACACCACGAACUUCGACUAUCGAUUCUCCACGUACGAUGAGGACGACUACGUUCCCAAUCCCAAGGAUUGCAGUGUGGUAACCUUCCGGGGCCAUUCCGUCCUGAAGACGCUGAUCCGAUGUCACUUCUCGCCGCCUGGGUCUUCGAACUCUCGAUAUGUGUACAGCGGGAGUGAAGAUGGAAAGGUAUAUAUUUGGAACAUGGACGGGACCCUGAAAUCCACAGUCGACGUCUAUGCAGCGACGAGACACACGAGACCGAGACACGAUGGGAGUGACGGGUUCGGUGGCGCAGGGUAUGGCUAUGAGCUACACGGACAUCACAAUAGUGUGUGGAAGACGUGCGUCAGGGAUGCAAGCUGGAGUCCCACGGCGCCGGUCCUGGCUGCGACGUCUUGGAACGGCUGGGGCAUGGCUACAGGGACAGUCUCGGUGCACUCGUGGAACGAUGGCGCGGAAGACGACGAAGCCCUUCCAGCCAUGUCCUCAAACUAUAACGCCCGGCUUGAUCCCCGAGAGGACUUUGACAAUGCAAUGCGUCGUGCGCGGGGCGGAGGCCGCGGCGAUGCAUCGAGGAGCAGUCCCACCGCGACGCGGAGUCGCGCCGAGGGGAGAGGCUUGAGAAGCAAUGUCGUCAGGCCGGCCAGGCUGGGUGACGACGACGGCGGCGGCGGAAGCAUCUGGUGACAAUCACUGACCGAUGCCGCGCGGAGGGUGAGGAGACGGCUGAGUCUGAGGAGCGCCGUACGGCAUGAGAUGGGAGACGAAGACGAGAACGAAGCUGGUCCGUCUGCACGUUGAAGACAGUCAGUCUGGACCUGCCGAGAGGCAUUGUCGUGUCUACGAUGGAAUCCGCGGGCACUCCCAAAUGGCGAAGGUGUGUUUACAGAUGGAGGGAACAGAGCGCGAAAGAUCCCACCCCGACAAAAAGAAAAGGAGAAAAGCGGAAUCUGCCCACACCUUCGCGCAACCCAUUCAGCUGGAAGCUUCGGAACUUCCAACGCAGCGGGAGGUUCUGAAACCUGAACACGAGAGUAAGGAUUCAUACAUACAACGACUGGAAUAAACCACUACAGACGACAUUCGGAACGGUUGACAAGAUAUAUGAGGGGCGUCACGAGGAUACGGCUGAUUCGCGUCUGAACGCUGGGUCCGUGGUGUGCGCUCUUACCAAACAACGAGAUAACCACGCCAUAUUAUAAUCUCUGAUAACGGGGAAUAUACACACACUGCGCGCCCAGCAAAAAUAGCAAAAAGAAUAAGUCGGCCUAGAAAUUGUCACGGCGACGAUUUUGAUUUUCUCUCUGUUUAAC